GGUUACCACCUUUAUCCCUUUUUGUCUCUCCGAGAGGAACACUUGAUAUCGGACAACUAUUUGUGUUUCCUAAAUGUCUAUAGAUGUGCUAGAAAUGUGGUGGCCAAGGCCAGUCAUGGUAUAGAUGGAAACAGUUCACAUGUGCUUUCGAUGAUGCAUGGAACAAACAAAACAAACACAAAAACAUUCGGCCUCAACCUCGAAGUCUGGUGAGUGGUGGAGUAACCGUAUACCAUAGAAAAUCCAAAACCAGGUUUCAACUCGAUCGCAUCUUUCUCCCAUACGAUCAGCUCUGUGUCUUACUCCUACCGAGCACCAAUCACCAUCACAUACCUCGACCUCACCACGCGACAACCACCCACAAUGUCGACCCCGAAAAUCCCCAUCACCGUCAUAACAGGCUUCGUCGGCUCGGGAAAGACCACUCUGAUCCUAAAUCUCCUCCCCCAACUCCGCGCCCAAAAUCCCUCCUACAAGCUCGCUCUCAUAAAGAAUGAAAUCGGCGAUUUAAACGUAGACUCUCAACUCGCGGCUGCCGCCGAAAUGACUGGAGUGUCCGAACUGCUGGGAGCAUGUAUCUGCUGCACAAAUGUCGGACAAAUAGGAGAUGCAUUGAAAGAGUUGGAUGAGACUUACGCACCGAAUCGUGUGAUUAUCGAGACGUCAGGGAGUGCUGAGCCGAUAAAGUUGAUGGUCGAGUUGAAGAGGUUGAGUCUGGAGACAGGGAGGUAUGCGCUCGAUGGCGUGGUCUCUGUUAUCGAUGUCGAGAAUUGGGAUGGGUAUGCCAGUACCUCGUACACUGCAAAGCUACAAGCCCAACAGACAGAUCUGAUUGUCUUGAACAAAUGGGAAAAUUUGUCUGAGAUGGCCUUCGAGAGGACCUUGGAUAAGCUGGGAGAUAUGGAUGUGGAUACACCGCAUAUCAAGAGUGACAAGGGUUGGAUCAGCAAGGACUUGUUAUUCGGCAUUGACGAGAGGAUGGCAAGAGAUUGGGUUGCUUUGAGUCAGCAAAGUCUUACCCACAAGCAUGAACAUGGAGAUGGACACAAGCACGACCAUAACGAGGAGAUGGAAGCCUUGAGCAUCACCCUCACAUCGCCUUCUUCAUCAACAGCAUCCCUGGAUGUCAACAAACUCGCCACUCUCCUCAAGGCAGCUCCCAAGGAUGAAGUCUACCGCAUCAAAGCCGUGCUGCGAACAACACAAACACCCGCCAACAGUGAUGGCACUCCCGCAGAUGACAGCUCAGAGUCUACCACGCCGAAGAGAUAUAUCCUCAACUGGAGCUUCGGUCGCUGGAUGUGGACUUUGGAUCAGACCGAGGUCAAAGAAGAGCCAGUCUUGAGAAUGAGCAUCUUUACAGGGCGCUACGAGAGCAACAAAUGGCUCAAGAGAAUCGAGGCAAAGACAUAUACCGCUUUAACCGGUGCUUCUGAUGGUGAGCUCGAGGUCAAGCGUGUUUUGUAAGGAAGAGAGAGUCGAGCAAUGUUGGACCUAUCAUUUGGAGCUAUAGACUUGGUGCCCACAGCAAAAAAAAGAUACCCCCUUUCUUCAACCUUCUUUUUUCGUCAUCUUCUUCUAAUCCCUCAUACAGUGCGGACACACGAAGCAAAUAGAGCCUCCCAGCUUCUCGUGUUGUUUCUUGACCUUUUCGCU